AUUGAGAAUUAUUGCAUUUGUGUCAUGGGCAAUAGCAGUUGGAUUGGCGGCUGUCGACCAACAUAUUAUAAAUCUCAAUCUCAUUUCUGUUAUAACCGCUGCUAUUUCAUUAAGAAAUGAAUCUAAUGGAAGACUAUUAUGGUCAAAUUCAUUUACUUAUAAUGACAUUAUCCAUUGGUCUAUAUUCAUGAGAACAAUAAGCGGCAGACAAAAUUUAGUUAUGAAAUCAUGGAUAGAUAGAGUCACAUUUUCAAAGCUUUUUCCCAACAAAAUUUGUGAACAAACACAACUAUCAUUAUAUAAAGAUACUCUUAAUGGUGAUGAUUGGUUGCCUAAGUUGAUCAGAUUAUCAAGUCCAAAUAUUGUAAGAACUUGUCUAGAUAGAUACGAUACUGCUCAAGGAAUUACCGUUUUUGAUUUACUUGGUAUAAAAGUCUGGAGCGCAAUUAUGAAAAUCGAAGAUCAUAUAUUUUCAUGUCAAGAAUACAUGUCGGCAAUCAAGUCAACACAGCCAUCGCCCAUAAACGCAAGACAUCGUGCCAUGAUAUGCUUAUUAGCUAAUGCACAUAGAAAAUGUGAAUCAAUUGCUGCAUUAUUAAAUGAAAUAUCAACGUGGGUAAAUGAUAAUGAAAUUUUAUACACCACGCUAGCACACGUUUUUCCAGAAUAUAUGCCAGUAGGUUUGUUACCUAAUCUGGGAUCCAAAUCAAUAUCAGAAUGGUGGUACGCUCUUGCAAAAAAAUCCAUAUGCCCAGGUUACGACGUAGAUCAUUCUAUUUUAGUAUUGAUAUAUUUAUAUAAUCUUAUGGAUGGCAACGGCUUAGAUGCACACUUCCAAUACGCCAACUGUCUUGAAAAUCUUUCUUUAGCAGAAAAAACGGACAUAAUUAAUACUUCACAUGGUUAUCAACUCAGAUACGGUGCUUUUGAUACAAUUGCAAGAGGUCAUUGGCCAUUGUUGCCAAAAUCUGCUUGGUUUGUUCUAAGCAAUGGAAGUAUGAAAAUGUCUAGUGGAAUGAUAAGAACAUUAAUACAUAUGGACUUUUCUCGUUCCAGUGAGAUAAAAGCUUUACCUCAAUAGUUUUGACAAGUAUGUUCCGCAACGCUUCA